AUGCACGGCACGCUGCGAAAAAUCUUCGACCGGCAAACAUGCGAAAAAAUAGAGAGCAUGAAGAUCCUGCUGGUGGGGGCGGGCGGAAUAGGCAGCGAAUUCCUAAAAAAUAUAAUCACCAUAGGUUGUAGAAACAUCGACAUAGUGGACAUUGAUACAAUUGACAUAACGAAUUUGAAUAGACAGUUCUUGUUUAAGAAGGAGGACGUGAAGAAGUACAAGUCCUUUGUGGCCAAGGAGAGGGCUCUCCAGCAUAAGAAAGGUCUAAACAUCAACGCCUACACAUUCGAUGUGUGCACCAUGAAGGGCAGUGACAUUGCAAAGUAUGACUACGUUGUGAACGCUCUCGAUAAUAUUAAGGCCAGAAAAUAUGUAAACAAAUUAUGCGUAAUGGAGAAAAAGGUUUUAAUUGAAGCAGGCAGCACAGGGUAUAAUGGCCAAGUCUAUCCCAUCCUUGCAAAUGAAACAAAAUGUUACAACUGUGAGGAAAAACCAAAAAAUAAAACAUACGCCAUUUGUACGAUCAGGCAAACCCCAUCUUUACCUGAACAUUGCGUAGCCUGGGGGAGGCUGAUUUUUGAGACGUUUUUUUGCAAAAGCGAUAAUGAGACAUUAAUUGAUAUUAAGAAUCAUAUAGAGGAAGAAUCCAAGAAGAGGAAUAUGGACCAGUAUGAAAUUAUCACCUUCAUUUUUAACUACCUCUUUUAUGACACCAUUAAGGAGCUUGCCACGUUGAAGAAGGACUACGUGACGGAGCCAAUCCCUAUACUGUUCAAGGGGAGUGCAAAGAAGGAGGACAAAAGUGUUGAAGCGGAAGAGGAGGAAGACGACCCCCCCAAUGGGGGUGAACAGGACAAAGCACAUAAUGACAAGGAAAUCGAACCAGCUUCCAUCUCCCUGUCCUCUCAAAACAUCUGGAAACAAGAGGAGUGCGUAAAAAUGUACACAGAAACAUUCGCAAAGUUGUAUAGCUACUUAAACAUAAACAAACAAACGGAAGAGUACCUGGUGUUCGACAAGGAUGACGAUGAGUGCAUCAAUUUCAUAACAGCCAUUUCGAAUUUACGAAUGAUGAAUUUUUCCAUUAAGCAGAAAAGCAAGUUCGAUGUGCAGUCUAUCGCAGGGAAUAUCAUUCCGGCCAUUUCGUCCACCAACGCGAUUGUGGCUUCGUUGCAGGCCACGCAACUCAUUCACGUUAUCGAACAUUUCAAACGUGUGAAGGGAUCAGACAAGGUGGAAGAAAAAAUCAGUCUACGGGACAGCAAGGCGAAGCACGUGUGGGUCAAAAGUAUCGUCAGCGGAAAUAAAAUGUUCUCACGUGGAAACAUUGUGAACGCCGAAAAUUUGGAACCCCCCAACCCCAGCUGCUACAUAUGCCAACAGCCCAUGAUAGAUAUCUACAUCAAAAGUUUUAGCGAAAUGACGCUGUACGAUUUUGUAAAAAAUGUGUGCACAAAUGAGUUGGCCUUCUUGUACCCCUUCCUGGACAAGCAGGACAGGAACAUCUUCGACUAUGACUCCUUUUUGGAGGAGGACGAAGAGUACAUAAAGGGCUUGCAUAACUCACUCAGCGAAUGGGAUAUUAAAAAUGACGAGAUUCUUAUUUUGACGGACUUUCAGAAUGAUAAGGACCAGCUGGAGAUUCACCUGAAGGAGGAUCCCACUCUGCAGACACCCUACGACAUAAAGCAGAAAGUUGUCAAGAAUAGGAAAGCGGAGGAGCUGCCUGGGCCGGAGGCGCCGCCCCCCAGCACAAAAAAAAGGAAACACGUAAACGAGGAGGAAGAAACCCAGAACGAUAAAAAGAAGGCGCGCACCGAGAACAAGGUAGAAGAAAUCAUCAUCGACGAUGAAGUAUGUGUGGAAGAUAAUUUGGUGCUAAUCGAUUGA